GAAACGUUUGUUUUACAACAAUAUGGCGGCAAAAGACAGAGGAAAUUAAUUAUUUAUUCAUAGCGAUCGCUUUGUAGAGAUAAUUCACCAUGACGUUGUAUAUGCCACCUUUACAGCGAAAGAAAAGAGUGCCUAGUCGAUAUAAUCCAGACUCUUUUCGUGUCAUAAGUAAUGAUGCCGAGAGAAGUCGAGAAAGGUAUGCAGGAAUUCCUGACUACCGCCCACCAUCGCCAGAGAGGUUUAAAAAAGGAAUAUCUCUGCCAAAUAUAUAUAGCAGGGACACCCAAGUAUUACCCAAAGCAUUACCUGAUUUUAGAGUACACAACCCCCAUCCUCGCAGCUGUGGGUUCUUGAGGCAUGAUGUCAGACUUCUUAAUGAACCAAUAUGCAGUGUAUACACCUCACAUACACACGAUGAACAAAAUAUGUGGUGGCCCUCAAGGACCUCAGAUGAACCCCUUCAAGUGCCCCCCAAAACAAAAGAUACAAUAUAUCGUAGUGAUUAUAUGAAAGAGCAUAAGGAGCCAUUACAUAGGACAACUAGACAUGAAUCUAACACUAAGAGGGAACCUGCGCUAGGCCCAGAUAUAUUGAAAAGACUGGCUAGCUAUGAAGUACAGGAAGUGCCUGUGAACUUCCUCACUAAACGUGAUGGCACCCAGAGAAUUUUUCAGGAGAAGAAGUCAUAUGAGCAUGAUUAUAAUUCAAGGAAAGAUCCAAACUAUCCAAUUAGGGGAAAGAGACUUGGGAGUUUUGUCUGGGAUGAAAUGAGCCCGGAGUUAGCUCAGCGCUUUGUUGACCAGCAUACCAAUCUGCUAGAGGCAAAAGAAAAGUUUGAAGCUUGUCAGUCCCAGAAAGCUCAUCCACCAACUCCCCCAUCCUCUAACCAACAGGAGAAAGUCAGUGAAACUAGUUCAAAUAAUAACGUGAAAACUGUCACCUUCAAGGAGCCUUCAGACUCCAGUAAACAAAAUUAAUUCUAAAAAUGUAUGGGAAAAUAUGACCAAUUAUACAAUAGACAGAGCUUGAAUAACUAAAUGUGUUUUGGACUUUUUUAUUGCAAUAUAUUUCUUUGCUUAUUUUAACACAAUAAAUACAGGGUGCAUAUCUGUGAUAAAACCAGCAGCUAUUAAAUUGUCAAAAAUUCUUUCAGGGUAUUGAAGCAACCAAGACUUCUUAUUGCUGUCAGUAAAUACAAAUUACUAGUAGAAUUGACAUAAAGAAAAUUAAAAUAUAUUACAGAAAUUAAAAAUAACUGCUGACAGAUUAAUUGAAAAUUAAAUUCAUUAUGUUUAUUUUAUACCCAUGAUUGUUUAAAAGGCCUUGUUGACAGUAUAUUGUAUGGUAUUUUUUUUUUAUCAAACUUGAAGAACUUAGCAAAUGUUCUUUAUAUGUUGGAGUGUAACUGCUGAUUUGUUGUGAAUAUUGACUAUCUGCUGUUAUUUUUCUUCGUCUAUUGUUAUUUUAUUACAUAGUCUAUACAUAUUAUAAUCAGUAUUCUUUUUUUCCUACAUUGGAUUAUUCUGCC